UCUCAACUCCACUCAUCCCUUACAUCUCCAUCUUCGCCUCGUCUUCACAAAACACGCGUCUAUCUGCCUCAAUCAACGCGCAUUCCACUCUAUCAACCUCGGAGACACUCUUUUCGCCAUUAAACACGCGUUCCGACUUCCCCGCGCACUGCUAGCAUGCCUAGAGGCCGUGGUCGCGCGCGCAAGGAGGCGACCCCGCCGCCAGAGGUAGGCGCGGGUUCAUCGCCCUCUACAUCCUCCCUCUCGUCUCCAGUCAAGUCACAUACCGAGACCGAUGCGGCAACGCCCGUAACAGCGAUGGAGAUGGACCCAGAGGUGCCGGCCGACGUCGACAUGGCGCUGCAGAUGGACGAGUCGAUCGACCUCGCGGAUAUCGACUUGUCUGCGCUCGAGGGCCAGCUCGCUGAAGGAGCGCUAGAGUUGGACCCUUCUCAGCUAGAUGCGUCGCAGCUUGACUCCGCCCAGCUCGGCGACGGGUUGACGGAGCACAUGGGAAGCGACCUGGCCGACGUCGACUUGGCCGCGCUCGGCGACCUCGACAAUGUUGACUUGACACAGAUGCUAGGCGACCUCGAUGAACAGGAGAAGGAGAAGGAGGCAGAGGGUGAGGUCGGCGACGAGACCAUGGACGGCGAUGCUGAGGACGCCGAGGACGAGGAGGCGGCCGAGGAUGAAGUCGACGACGAGGAAGAAGAGGAGGAAGAUGACGACGAAGAAGAAGACGAAGAAGAGGAGGAGGAGGAAGAGGAAGAAGAAGAGGAGGAGGAAGAAGAAGAUGAGGAGGAAGACGAAGAGGACGACGACGAUGCCGAUGAGACAAAGUCGGCCGUCACAACAUUGCCUCUCGGCGCAACAUUCCGCUACCCUCCCGCACCAAAGGAUAUCAAACAGAUCCCCGAGCGCGAGCGCAACUUUAAGAUGGCGCGAUUCCUUCCCUGCAGCAUGGACGGGUGUGACUGUUCCGGCCUUGAGCCGCCAUCAGGCAGCAAUGUUGUGGUCGACACCGGCGAGGACGUGGAGAUGGGCGACGGCGACGAGGAAGCGACGUCCACUUGGCGCACCGAGGAGGGAUGGUGGAAGCUCUGCGGCGCAUGUUCGCAUGGCUGGGAGGAGUCGGGGCACGUCUUCGCUGCCGAAGUUAGCGACGCUGAGAGACGCCGCCGGGAAAAGGUCGCGGGACGCAUCGAGGAGGUGCUUGAGGAUGAACAUCUACUCACGACAUUUCCAACACCACACAUCGAAGCGACAGAAUCGCUGAGGAGGCAACUUACCGAGUUUGUCAAGCAGCAGCCUGCUGGCAAGCACCCAGCCGGGAAGAAUCCGAUCUCGCGGUUAGGUGGCUUCGACGUGACGGAGAAUGGCACGCCAUUCAGCGAGGAGGGCGAGGACGGGCGUCCGAGAAAACGCAUGCGUACCUCUGCGUCUGGCUCGAGAUCACCCGAGAAGCCCGGCCGGGAAGGCUCGGCCAAUGGCGAAGCAAACGGGCAAGGUGCAGGCAAGCAGCCGAGCCGAUCGGGUAAGAAGAAGGGCGGCAAGGGGACGACAGCGCGGACCAUCGGUUCUAUAUCUGGUCCGUCUGGCGGCGUCGAAGGCUCGGAUGACGACGACGAUACACCGCUUGCGGCGCGUAGGCCAGAAUUGGACGACCGAGAACGACGGCGUCGCGCGGAGCUCAAGGAGAAGGAGCGACAGCGCGAGGACCAGGCGAUCGCGCGCGCAGCAGGCGAUGAGGGCGACGAAGAGAAAACCCACGUCGAGGUCAACAUGUGGCGCAAGUGGGAGCUACCCAUUCUUCCGCUACGUCCCGCAGCGCAGGAACAGAACAACAAAGAGAUUCGCAUGAUGAUCGCAUCAUCACGCGACUUGCCCGACGAGGUGCAGUGGGUCUUACUCGUUGGCGCCAAGAACCUCUUCAUGAAGCAGCUGCCCAAGAUGCCAAGAGAGUACAUUGCUCGCUUGGUGCUUGACCCGAACCACAUCACCCUUUCCAUUGUCAAGUACGGCUACCGCGUUGUGGGCGGCAUCUGCUACCGGCCAUUCGAGCGGCAAGGCUUUGCGGAAAUCGUGUUCUGCGCAGUUGACAGUUCGGAGCAGGUCAAAGGCUACGGCUCGCACGUCAUGAACGCGCUCAAAGACCACGUGCGCAAGACGCACCCGACCAUCGACACCUUUCUUACGUAUGCGGACAACUACGCUGUUGGCUACUUCAAGAAGCAGGGGUUCAAGAAGGAGAUUACUUACCCGCGCAAGCGCUGGGUAGGAUAUAUCAAAGACUACGAGGGCGGCACGAUCAUGCAGUGUACAAUGCUGCCCAAGAUCACAUAUGCUGAGGUCAACCAGAUGCUGGCGGACCAGAAGGCCGCUGUGGCAGCUAAGAUCCGCCAACUUUCGCAAAGCCAUGUCGUGCGCCCUGGUCUCAAGAUCUUCAUGGACACUAAGCCGGGGAGCAUCACGCUUGCAAAAGAGGACAUCCCCGGUCUCGCGGAGAGCGGGUGGAACCCGGACCUUGAUGAAAUUCUGCGACAGCCAAAGCGCAAUCCGCAGUUUGCGGUCAUGCAGCAAAUUCUAAACGACCUGCAGAACGACCCGAGCAGCUGGCCGUUUGUCAAGCCCGUCGACGCGGCCAUGGUCGUAGACUACUACAACGUCAUUCAGAAUCCCAUGGACUUGAGCAAGAUGGAGCACAAGCUCGAGAACAAUCACUAUGGCAGCAUGGACGACUUUAUCGCCGACGCGCGCCUCAUCUUCGCCAACUGUCGGCAGUACAACGGCGAGAAGAACCAGUACGCCAACCUGGCCAACAAGCUCGAGCGGAGUCUGGACAGAAUUCUCAAGAAGCGCAUGGCGCAGUAGUGUGCACGUGUGUGUGGCUCGUGUCACGGCGCAUGACACGUGGAGACCGUGAGGGCGCUGGGGCGACCUCGGCCCAUUUCCGAGGCCAUCGGCGCCGCCCCGAAGUUGUACUAGUACGUACGAGCAGAGUAGUGUAGCUGUAGCGAUGCAUGUGGCAUCAGCGACUUUGCGCGGAGUCAUGCUUGUCACGCU